AUGAAGAUGGAAUGGAGAACAGUGUGGGGCUUCAUACGCCGCAACCUACUGACGACACUCACGAUCCUGGGCGUACUCGUAGGCAUUGGGCUAGGGUUAGGUCUGCGGGAAAUUCCGGCUGAAGGUGACAGCUGGUCCCAGCGAGAUGUCACGUACAUCAACUACGUCGGUGAUCUCUUCUUGCGCACCCUGAAAGCACUCAUCCUACCACUGAUCGUGUCGUCGUUGAUCGCAGCCGUUGGUUCACUCGAUCUUUCGCUCUCGAAGAAGAUCGGAGGUCGAGCUGUGUUGUACUACCUCGCAACGACCGUGCUGGCUGUGAUCUUGGGUAUCGUGUUGGUCGUCACUAUCCGACCAGGUGAAGAUCGCGAUGGAGGAGAUGUCGAAUCGGAUGUGUCUCAACAACGGAACGUCACCACCGUCGACACACUGCUCGAUCUCGUACGCAACAUGUUCCCACCAAAUCUGGUGCAGGCAUGCACGCAGCAAUACCAGACCGUGUUGAAACCACCGGCUGCUAACCCAUCUGAGGACGACAUCUACAAAUGGACCAUCUCGGGUGCGUACGCUGACGGCAUGAAUAUCCUGGGACUCGUCGUGGCUUCCAUCGUGUUUGGUGUCGCUCUCGGUGCGACUAAACGUGAGAACGCACUCGUGUUGCAGUUUUUCCAGCAACUGUCCCACAUCGUGAUGAAGGUCACCGGUUGGGUGAUUUGGCUGUCACCCGUUGGUGUGACCUUCUUGAUUGCGGCCAAAAUACUCGAGAUCGAGGACCUUGGUGAUGUGUUUGGUAAGCUUGGACUGUACUUUGCGGUCGUCGCUGGUGGCAUCCUGUUCCACGGAUUCGUCGUGCUAUCGCUGCUUUACUUUUUGUUCACGCGCAACAACCCACUGCGAUUCAUCGCCAACAUGGGCCAAGCACUAGCGACCGCUUUUGGGACGUCUUCCAGUUCGGCCUCACUGCCAGUCACGAUGCAGUGUUUGGAGGAGAAGAACCACAUCGAUCCGCGAGUAUCCCGUUUUGUGCUACCAAUCGGGGCCACUAUAAACAUGGAUGGAACAGCGUUGUACGAGGCCGUAGCCGCCAUCUUUAUCGCUCAGCUGCGAGGACUUUCACUUUCGUUCGGGAACGUACUGGCCAUCAGCAUAACGGCGACAGCGGCCAGCAUUGGUGCGGCAGGCAUUCCACAGGCAGGACUCGUGACGCUUGUCAUGGUCCUAGACACCGUCGGAUUACCAGCGGAGGAUGUCUCCCUUAUCAUUGCCGUCGAUUGGCUGCUGGAUCGCUUCCGGACGCUUGUGAACGUGCUCGGAGACAGCUUCGGAGCGGCCAUCGUCUAUCAUUACAGCAAGGCGGAACUGCAGCGUGGCAAGGACGAUGCAAUUGGAACAGGCAAUACGCAGUUCUCAGGUUCAGAUCCCGAGUUAGCCUUCCAUGCUGACUCGAUGAUGGCUAAUGGCUGUGACGAGCGAAACCUCGAUAAGAACAGCCGGUUGUAAACGAACAACCGGACGGCGGGGAAUUUCGCUUAUUACGUGGAACGUUAGGUGCUUCUCCAUCGAUGUGUUUGCUCUGCAAACUUCUUCACCCCUUUUAUUAUUCUGCGGAUGUUCCCAUCAUUCGACGAUUUUAUGUGAGAAAGAGGCACCGAUGUCGGAAAUCGAGACCUGCUCCUCUUAUCUGAUUGUAUCCAUACGAAUUUAUUACCUGCUGACUGAGGCGUCAUACUUGUUUAUUUGUUUCUAACUCAAUUUUUUUUAUAUAUAUAUACAAACCUGUGUAGCUGAUAAGAUAGACAAAUAAGGUAAUAGAGCCGUUUAUCGUGCCCCGUGCGCGAGGUAUCGUUAGUUUACACGAAUGAUAUUGUACAAGCGCUUUCCCUGCGGUGGAAAACGGACCAAUUUCUAUUAGUGGUAAUCGAUGCGCAGAGAUUAACGAUUAAUCGUACCGUACGCAAUA